AUCUCGACAUUACAAAGCUACCGGCCAUAGUAAACUCAAGUUGAUUGUGUAUCUUGCUGCUACCACUAACACGACUUAUUGACUGUACGAAGCUCCAGAAUAUAGUUUCAUCGAACCAGGACGCUCUCCGGGACUCCCUUUUUCAAUACUGCAAUACAAGCAAGAUGCCAAAGGACAAGACUCCUAUCCCUCUCGGUAGCGGCAAAUACCACAUCCUGCUCUGCGCCUCUGGCUCUGUCGCCACGAUAAAAAUCCCCGUCAUCAUAGCUGCACUCGCACGCUACAGCAACAUCUCAAUACGCAUCAUCCUCACCAAAUCCGCUACCGCGUUCCUAGCCGGACAAAGCACGGAGCAACCGGACUUGGAUACGAUAUUCACGUCGCCAAAUGUCGAUGGCAUAUACGAGGAUGAGGACGAAUGGAAACAGCCAUGGGUACGGGGAAACAAGAUCCUGCAUAUCGAGCUCCGGAGGUGGGCGGAUAUCAUGGUGGUGGCGCCGUUGAGCGCGAAUUCGCUCGCGAAGAUUGCUGGCGGGCUCUGUGAUAAUCUCUUGCUGUCGACUAUUCGGGCUUGGGAUACAACAGGGGAGCUGGAUGUGGUGCGUCACGGCUUGGAGAAGAAGGUGAUUGUUGUGGCGCCGGCGAUGAAUACGGCUAUGUGGAAGCAUCCUAUCACGGCGCAACACGUGAAGCUUCUAGAGAACGAUUGGGGGGUGGAGAACGGUGGUUGGAUUCAAGUCCUGCGUCCUGCUGAGAAAGAGCUGGCUUGUGGAGAUACGGGUAUCGGCGCGAUGGUGAACUUUCAAGAGAUUGUGGAAGUCAUCGUCGCUAGGCUCGGACUGAAGGAAAUUGUCAGGACACCGGAUUCCGCAGUAUGAGCAUCAAAUGGAAGAUUUUUCAGGAACAACCAACACCCGAAUAUCCCAACACAGAUACCCCUUCAAAGCGACCAAUAUACUCCCUGGGGAAUGAAUCAGGGCUCAAAUCAAUAGAAAGCUAAUCAAACUUACACGCGACGAUGCGGCAAUGAACUAUCAGCAAAGCUGCGGCGAAACACCUUCUGUAAGGUUUGGGCGCGAUGCCAAAAACGGAAGCAAAGCAAUG